AUGAUUUGGAUGCACACUGUCAUUGUGUUCCUGUGUCUUUGUCCAAUCCGCGCUGCGUUUGGGCAGGACUGUCCCAGCAGGCAGGACAUGCAGAGCUCCCUAAAGCAGGUCCAGAAGCUGCUGUCGACCCACGAGGCUGCAUACCUUCAGAGCCUCCGCACCCUGAGGAAGAAACUCAACUUGCUACAGAACACAGCCACCAAGCAGACUGGCAAAGUAAACAAUGAUACCUGUCUAAAGCUGGACACGCAGGAAGUUGCCAACAGCAGGAAGUUGGGAAAAGCGCAGAACCCAGGUCACGAGGUUCACUUCCUGCGUGAUGCGGGUUAUGAGUUGGUGGGAGCAGAGAGCAGGAUGUGUCAGGAGAGCCUCACCUGGAGCGGCCAGCAGCCCACCUGCAGCAGUGACCCAACCAUCUGCUACAGAUUACCCUACCCCUAAUCCAAACCUUAACCAUUAGUGAGAUUAACACAUAUCUGAUGUGAAAUCACUAUCUUUUGUCAACUACCAUCUACUUCUCUGGCUCCUGUCAGGUGUCCCCUCCCUUAUCUUCUCCUUUCCUCUUCUCUGUCCCGUCACUCAUCUCUUUAUCUUCUCUAUCAUCUCUCUCAUGUCCUUGUCAGCAUCCUCUUUGUGCCCCCCUCUUUUCUUUUUCUCCUUUCCCCCAUUUUAAACUUCAUGCAUAUUACUAACAUUUAUCUAGAUAAGGUGGCUUGCAUCCAUAUGAGUUUCAUUAUCAAAUGUCCUUUUUAUGUAUUUUCAUGGCCAUCCAGAAUGGGUUAUUGAAUCCAGUGACUGUGACACAUAGUGAUAGCAGCCCUCUGUCUUGACAGCUCGCUAACAUUUAGAUAACACUUCAAAGACGUUCUGUGAGACUAAAAGUCAGGCCAUCCCUUUCGCUCCAGUUAGGUCGAGUACUCACACACACGGAUGCACACGCACAUUCAUGCUCACGCACGCAAGUGUGUGCAUGCACACACACACACACACAGAGAGAAGGAGCUUUUCUCUUUUGGUUCAUGCAUCAGAGCUAUAAGGUUACACCUGUGCUUGUCAGUGAGUUGGCGAGCCAACAUUUUACAUCAGGGCUAAUAUUACUUAAUUCUCCUCUCUUGACUAAUCUCUUACUCCUCCUGUCUUUCCUCAGACAUAAAUGAGUGUGCCUCGUCUCCCUGUCUGAACGGGGGGACGUGUGUGGACGAGAUGAACCAGUUCUCCUGCACGUGUACCAAAGGCUGGGCCGGAGCCACCUGCCAGAGCCC